AUGGAAGAUGCAGCCGAGUCCAUACCCCCGAUAAACCUGACCGACCCUGACCCUAUCCCGACCGUAACCGUAAUGGAGAGCCCGGAUGUCUCAAGCUCGGAAGAGCACACACCUAGCGAUACAGCAGAUCUGCCCCAUCUCGUCAUCCAGUUGAUCCAGUGCCGGCAUUGUUCCCGCCCUUUGCAAACUCCGCUCCGCUUACCAUGCGGAAAUUCGGUCUGUCGGGAAUGUUUACCCGCCUUUCGGCCGCGGACAGGCAUCACUUACCCCGUGGCUGAAGGGAGGGACCAGGAAUUUACAUGCUUUUGGAAAGGGAACAAGACGUGUGUCGGGAAUCAUUGUGUGGGAGAUUGUGGCGCUGAUGUGUUGCUUGGGAAGCUGGCUGGUCUUUUUGGAGAAAUACUGGGGUCAGAGGCAAACGAUGUGCCUCGGGAUUGGUCUGAAGAUGACGGGCCCUUACUGCGGUGGAAAGCCGAUGGGCGGAAUCAGAAUGGAAGUGGGCAGUUGCAGCGGCAUGGGUGGCUACAGGGGAUCUAUAACAUGGCACUAGAAGGCCGGUUCCCAUCUGAUGCAUGCGAGGUCAUCUAUGGGGAUUCUCCAAUCUCAGGCGGAAGCACAGAAGUGCAGGAUCUCAUUCACUUCCAAACACUGCGAGACAGUCUCCGCGCCGAGUUAGAUUGCCAGGUUUGUUAUGCGCUCGUUCUAGAUCCGAUGACCACUCCUUGUGGCCAUACCUUCUGCCGAAAAUGUGUCGCGCGGGUCUUAGACCAUACCGAUCUGUGCCCCAUUUGUCGCCGAAAGAUAGGCAUGACGAGUGAUAUACAUUCAGAGCCCAUAAAUCAGACUGUGGCACGGCUGAUCAACUACUUCUUCCCUGACCAGAUCGCAGCCAGGCGGGAGACCAGCGCCCAGGAUGAGACAGGCCCGGAUGACGAGAAGAACUUGCCACUUUUUGUGUGCACGCUAUCAUUCCCAACAAUGCCGACUUUCCUGCAUGUCUUCGAGCCCAGAUACCGACUUAUGAUUCGUCGAGUUCUCGCAAACGGAAAUGGAAAGUUCGGCAUGGUUAUGUACAACCGACAAGCCCGAGCACUGCCAGGCCAGCUGGGUGACGUACCGUUCGUGCAAUACGGAACGCUCCUGAUGAUUGAGAGAUAUGAGCUGCUUCCGGAUGGUCGCAGUCUUGUGGUGGCUACAGGUGUGUCGCGAUUCAAGAUCGUCGACUCGGGGAUACUGGAUGGCUAUUAUGUUGCCAAAAUAGAGCGCAUAGAUGAUAUCUCGCUCGCAGAGGAGGAGCGGCUUGAGUCGCUGGAGACAUCAAUAGAUAGUGUCAAUGCUCUGCCCGAAGCGAAUGAAUCUAAUCCCCCGUUAGACUCAAUGCCAACUCAGCAAUUACUUCUCUCGGCAAGAGAGUUCAUCAGCAAUCAACGCAGAUCCGGGGCUCCUUGGCUGCACCCGCGCGUCAUGCUAGCAUAUGGACCCAUCCCCAUAGAUGCAGCUCGCUUCCCGUGGUGGUUUGCAAGCAUUUUACCCAUCUCUGAAGAAGAGAAAUAUCCGAUACUCGCCGCCACAAGUGUUCGAGAGAGACUGAAGAUUUCAGCAAAAUGGGCGAGACAACUCGAGGCUCGAGACUGGUAG